AUGUUGCCACCUGCCAUCAUUUACCUGCCAUAUAGCUGCCAGAAGCAGCAGCAGCAUCCAGCGAGCCCCCGACUGACACACACACUCUCUCUUGUCCCGCAGGUGAAGAUCUGGUUCCAGAACCGCCGCACCAAGUGGAAGAAACAGGACGGCAUCACCAACGCUGAGGCCAACGAGCACAAGAACGCCGCCACGGGCAAAAAUAAGCGAGGCACGGCUUCGACCCCCACCACGCCCGGUGCAGACCACGCCAAGAGUGCGGUGACGGAGGGCGCCGUCAACCCCCCCACCGGCAGCGACGCCGGCAGCGCCCCCACCAGCCCCUCACAGUUGAGUAACGGAGCUACGAGCGACCUGUCGAGCAGCGACGAGACAUCACGUGGGGAGGCGGCCCUGGGCCCCUCCCCACGGCCGGACCUGCCUCAGGACACCCUCCCCGACCACACCCCCGGCAAGCCGGACCCCAUCACCACACCCACCGCCAUCACCUUCAACGACCACAUUGUCAUCAAGGAGGUCGUCCCGACGACCGUCAGCCUCAACUACAAAAGCCUAACAGCGACGACGCCGAGGCCCCCUGUCGGCGCCCUCAUCAAACCCAUACCGACCCACUCCCCACCCAAGGCACUGCUAGGCACCACUAUGAACAAAGCCCACACUGUGAGUGGUGCCGCUACCUCCCCGCCCCAGCCCCUCCUCCCCAGAGGCUCCCCGACCACUGUUCCCCUGGGAAUGUUCACUGUGAACAGUUCUUCAUCUCACCCCGCCUCGCCCCCCACCACCACCACAGAGAGAACGCUCCCACAGGAAACGCCACAGCGGGACAAAGUACUAGAAAAUGGGAAGCUGCGCAGUGAGGGUGAAGAGAUAUCGUCCUGAUGAACACCUUCCGCCAGUCGUCGCUGUUGACACACUCAGUUAUGCUCUAAGUGAAGAUAUCCUCCGUCACUGUCCUUCCUUUGACACCCUGGCCUCCUCCAGUCGCAAUUAGAUGCUGUGUGGCUGUGGUGGGCCUGGCUGUGGUGGGCCUGGCUGUGGUGGGGCCUGGCUGUGGUGAGGCCUGGCUGCGGUGAGGCCUGGCUGUGGUGAGGCCUGGCUGUGGUGGGGC